CCCAGACCCGUGAGUCGCGCGGGUGCUGGGAGCCGGAGUCGGUGCCCGCCGGCGAGCUGCAGGGCGGGCCCUGUGUGCGGGGCCCCGGUGCAGGCCCAUGGUCUUAAAUUUGUCCUGUGUCAUGGAUGAGGCUGCUUUGUCCCUUGGAACAAUAGAUGUUUCCUAUUUGUCCUCUUCUGUAGAAUAUGCUGUCACUAGAUGUAAGCACUCUAGUGAAGAAUGGGGAGAGUGCAAUUCGAGGCCUACUGUCUUCCAAUCUGCGACUUUAAAAUGGAAAAAAUGGAAGGAGACACUACUGAGCAGAAAAAGGCCAUUUGUGGGGCGCUGUUGCCACAUGUGUACUCCUCAAAGCCGGGAUAAACUUUUCAAUGCUAAUAUCCCUUCUUUGGGCCUGCGCAAUGUCAUCUAUAUCAAUGAAACACACACAAGGUACAGAGGGUGGCUGGCAAGACGGCUCUGUUAUGUUUUUUUUGUGCAAGAACGAGAUGUGCAUAAGAGUAUGUUUGCCAGCAAUGUGACAGAAAAUGUGUUGAACAGCAGCAGAGUGCAGAAAGCCAUUGUAGAGGAGGCUUCUGUAUUAAGCGCUGCAGGUAUUCAGACGGAUCUCAAGGCCAUCAGCAAAGUGAAGAAAAAAGCUAGGAGGAUUCUCCAAGAAAUGGUAGCAAACAUCUCACCUGCUUUGAUCAGGUUGACUGGUUGGGUAUUACUGAAAUUAUUUAACAGCUUCUUUUGGAACAUUCAGAUCCACAAAGGCCAAUUGGAGAUGGUCAAAGCAGCCACCAAGAUGAAUUUGCCUCUUGUCUUCUUGCCUGUUCACAAAUCUCACAUCGACUAUCUGCUCCUCACAUUUGUUCUUUUUUGCCAUAACAUCAAAGCACCAUACAUUGCUGCAGGGAAUAAUCUCAACAUCCCCAUCUUCAGCACAUUGAUCCACAAGCUGGGAGGCUUUUUCAUUCGGAGGAGGUUGGAUGAGAACCCUAAUGGACGUAAAGAUGUCCUUUAUAGAGCUUUGCUGUAUGUGCACAUAGAGGAGUUGCUUAGACAGCAGCAGUUCUUAGAGAUAUUCCUGGAAGGCACACGUUCUCGGAGUGGAAAAACAUCCUGUGCCAGAGCAGGUCUCUUAUCUGUGGUGGUAGAUGCUCUCUUCACAAAUGCCACCCCUGACAUACUAAUUGUACCUGUGGGAAUCUCCUAUGAUCGAAUCAUUGAAGGUCACUAUAACAAUGAACAGCUGGGGAAGCCUAAGAAGAACGAAAGCCUUUGGAGCGUAGCCAGAGGAGUCUUCAGAAUGCUGCGGAAGAAUUACGGAUGUGUCAGAGUAGACUUUGCACAACCAUUUUCCUUAAAAGAAUACCUAGACAGCCAAAGUCAAAAACCUAUGCCUGCCAUGCUAUCUUUGGAGCAAGCUCUGUUACCAGCUAUACUUUCUUCACGGCCUAAUGAUGUUGUAGAUGAAGGUACAGAGGCUGCACUGGGCAAUUCCAGGGAUUUAUCCAAUGAGCCCUUUAGAAGACAGUUGAUAGCCAACUUGGCUGAGCAUAUAUUGUUCACUGCUAACAAGUCAUGUGCUGUGAUGUCAACACACAUAGUUGCCUGUUUGCUGCUCUACCGACACAGGAAGGGAAUUGACCUUUCCAAGCUGGUGGAAGACUUCUUCUCUAUGAAGGAGGAGGUCUUGGCCCGUGACUUUGACUUGGGAUUUUCAGGAAAUUCUGAAGAUGUUGUCAUGCAUGCCAUCCACCUGUUGGGGAACUGUGUAAAUAUCACAAACACCAGCCAAAACAAUGAGUUCUUCAUCACUCCCAGCACAACUAUUCCUGCUGUCUUUGAACUCAACUUCUACAGCAAUGGUGUGCUGCAUGUCUUCAUCAAAGAGGCCAUUAUUGCCUGCAGUCUUCAUGCAGUGCAGAGUAAAAGGUAUAGAAAUGGCAUCAAUGGCGUUUCUCCCAACCUGAUUAGCCAAGAACAACUGGUCCGCAAAGCCGCCAGCUUGUGCCACCUGCUUUCCAAUGAAGGUGCUAUAUCCUUGCCUUGUCAGAUGUUAUACCAAGUUUGCCAUGAGGCAGUCGAAAGGUUUAUACAAUAUGGCAUUCUUUUGGUGGCAGAGCAGGAUGAUCAGGAGGAUGUUAGCCCUAGCCUUACAGAGCAACAGUGGAGUAAAAAGCUUCCUGAACCCUUGUCUUGGAGAAGUGAUGAGGAGGAUGAAGACAGUGACUUCGGAGAAGAACAGAGGGAUUGCUACCUGAAGGUGAACCAAUCCCAAGAACACCAGCAGUACAUCACCUUCCUGCAAAGGUUACUGGGGCCUUUACUCGAGGCCUACAGCUCAGCUGCCAUCUUUAUGCACAAUUUCAGUGGUCCUGUGUCAGAAACUGAAUACCUUCAUAAGUUACACAAGUAUCUAAUAACCAGGACAGAGAAGAGUGUUGCAGUGUAUGCUGAGAGUGCCACCUAUUGUCUUGUGAAAAAUGCGGUGAAGGUCUUUAAGGAUAUUGGGGUUUUCAAGGAGACAAAACAAAAGAGAGAGACUUUUUUGGAACUGAGCAGUACUUUCCUACCUCAGCGCAACCGGCAAAAACUACUGGAAUUCAUCCUGAGCUUCAUUGUACUGUAGAUCACGUUUAGUACCUUUUGCCAGGGAGACGAAGACAGGUUCUGAGAUUUGUGUCAAUGCCUGAGGGCAUUUGCUAGUCCUUCAGAGUAUAAGGCCUUAUCUCACUUGAACCACUGGAAGACAGUGCCUUCUUAUGUAUGCAUUUAUGGAUUUCUGAUGGUCUCAAUCCUGUGAUGAUACAGUAAUACAGCAGGUGACACUGUGGAUGCAAGCGAUCAGUCAUGUUUGCAGUUAAAAAAAAAUUAAUUAAAUCUAGAUUUAAAAUGAAAACUGACAUUUUAUCUGUUAUAUUUUACAUAAUUACUUUUAAAGACUAAUGACUGUGACAGAGGCACAAAUGCAGAUAGUGAUUUAUAGCUAGUCCUGAGAUCUUGAAUUUAGUGGAAAUACUGCUUAUGACAAAAAAAAAAAAAGGAACACGUGAAAGCUGUUACUUCAGACAGGAAGGGGAUGACAAAUUUUCUGGUUUAUUGUUUAAAAUAAAUGGUUUAUAAAGAUAUGCAUGGACAGUGCAUACUUUAUGGGAAAAGUCAUAGUUUUUCAUAAUUGUUAGCACCUAGAAUAAAUGCCAAAAUCUUAAUGAGAAUAACAAUCAAUUGACUAUUGGGACUGGAUAAUGGAAUGAUAAAUUGCACUAAACACUAUUGUCACGGUAGAAUGUGAUAGCACAAUUUUAUUAGGGCUUGCUGUCCCUUACCUUUACUAGAAAUAGGGAAUUAGUUUGUCUGAAACAUGAAUGUAUUCUAACCACUUAAAUUUUGUAUAUAAUAAAAAAAGUUGUUUAGUUAAUACAGUGACAGUCUUUUGUUUUAAACAGAGAAUUUAAGGGUAGCUAGCAAACCAGAAGGUUUUUUUCCCCUAGUGCUGUUACCUGUUGGUAGGCAUUUUAUUUUGUGAAGUUACUUUAAUUUUGGCUCUAAAAUUUUCAGCAAUAACACGGCAAUCUUGUGGAACUGAACUCUCUGAUCCCUUUUAAACUGAAGAAAAGUAUGUUCCCGUUCUGUUUUCUGUUGCUGAGUUACAAAGUGAGCAGUUUUAAAUUGCUUUGACCUCUGGAAACAGAAAAAUGUGGUAAUGUUUCAUCUUUGGUUUUGUUCCAAUUGGGAAUUUUAAAUUAAUAUUGGGGGUUCUAUCUUAAAAAUAAAUAAAUAAAUAAAUAAAUAAUAGGGCCCUGAUCUUUCACUAUUAUCCUUAGGAUUGGUCCUCGGUGCCCACGUGGGGCCUCGUGGACUUCACUUUGACUCCCCUUGAGUGCAGAUCGGACUGCAAGCCAUAAUUCUGCAGUGCAGUCUCUCUCAGCUGAUACUAGCUGAAGCAAUAAAUCUAUGGCAUGUGGAGCUGGUUUGUUGGUGAAAUGUGUGUUGUCUUUUGGAUUCCUUUUUUUUUUUGUUUUUUUCACAAGAGAAAUCAAACAUUUCAAUCAGUGUAGUGUUUCAUUUAACUCCUCCGUCCUGCCCUUGCAGGUAAAACAAGCACUAUGGUUACAAAAUUUGUGGUUUAAUUUAAUUAUCUGUAAUAAUGGGAAAAGCUCACUUGAAUGACAAAGGCAUUGCACAGUCACUCCAACAUAGAAGUGCUGCAUGCAGUUUGAAUCCACUUUAGGAGUAACUUUGUUUUUACUGCACAUUCAUUAAUUAAAAAGUUAUAUAAAUCUACUGAUUAAAUGCUACUAAUAUUGAAAAUUUCAGAGUAUGGUUUGUUAGUAUUAUCACUUCUCUUUUGUGAAAGGUACUGUUAUGCAUGUUUUCUGUCACAAAACAGGUUCUGUAACACAUUUUACAAGAAGAAAUUCUGAACCAAAGUUACAUUGAUUUAGAGAGAAAAGCUGACCAUAAAAUUGCUUUUGUUUUUAUGUAUGUCUACUUUGUUCGUCAGGAUAGUGGCUGAAAUAUACGCCUUCCUAGGAAAGCUG